AUGCGAAUCUCUCUCCAGAGGAUAGCGAGGCGACAUCCAUUUCUCUUCUGGGCACUUUUGAUUCUUUUCGCGUACAUCGCCUAUAAAACAAGCGGUUUCGAGGAUUUCAUUGCGGCUGACUCAUUUGAUGAUUUCCGAUGGCCACCAUAUGUUGAUGUUAAGCAAAAGAUCCGUGAUAACCCGCCGUCAUAUGAGGCCAUCACGCGGAUCACCGGGGUGAAAUUGGCUGAAAAUUCGCCAAAGAUUUACUGUAGCCAGUAUCAACUCGAAGGCCCGACGCUGAGAAUUUUUGUCAAAUCAUCUUUUUCAAAUUUCGAGGCUCGUUUAAUGAUUAGGUCGACAUGGGGAUCUGAUGCAAAAAGGGCCGGGGCAGAAGUGAUUUUUGUCACAGGGCUUCCCGUUUCGACACAGGUGAUUUCUUUUAAAGAGCCUUGGCCGGCGAACGACAUGCGAAACAUCGAAUCAUUGAGAAAAUUGUGGCAGGAAGGCGACGAAAAACGGGAUCUUCUCAUCGGGAAUUUUGUUGACUCGUAUAGAAAUAAUACUCGAAAAUUCGUGCUAAGUCUGGCGGCGGCUGCGGGUCUACUUUCGAAUUGUGAAGCAACUGAUUUUGCACUCUUUCUCGAUGAUGAUUAUCUGUUAAAUGUCCCUCUUCUCGUCUCAUUGAUUCGCUCACUCAACAAAGAUGAUCCCCUAUAUUCUGGAUGGAAAUUCGAUUCAUCGCCAUUUCGAAUGUUCUGGAAUAAGCACGCUGUCCCUCUUGAAGUCUAUCCAUUUGAUCGCUAUCCUGAAUAUAUCUCUGCGGGAGCCGUUCUCCUCUCAUCGAAUACAAUUCACAAAUUCGCUGCCGCGAUCCCGUUUGUUCGGCUCUAUCUAAUGGACGAUAUCUAUGCGGGAAUUUUAGCCUAUUCAAUCGCAGUUUCUCCAAAACAUGAUCCCAGAUUUGAAUUCUGGGCGCGAAACAUCGAAAAAGAUGAAUGGCAAGGAAUAAUUGCUGCACAUGGAUAUCCACCCGCGCAACUCGAUCGAACAUACAAGACUCAUCUAAAACUGGCU